CUGGCUGGGAAGAACAUGUCCUGGUGGCCAGUGGGUGCCUCACUGUUUGCUAGUAACAUUGGCAGUGGUCACUUCAUCGGCCUGGCGGGGUCUGGAGCUGCUGCAGGAAUUGGGGCCAUUGCAUUCGAGUGGAAUGGUAUACUGAUGUUGCUGCUGCUGGGAUGGCUCUUCCUGCCCAUUUAUAUCGCCUCCGGGGUGAUGACCAUGCCAGAAUACUUGCAAAAACGUUUUGGUGGUAGAAGAACACAGAUAUUUAUAGCUGUCCUGUCCUUAUUUAUUUACAUCUUUACAAAGAUAUCGGUGGACAUGUAUGCUGGUGCAUUGUUCAUUCAGCUCGCAUUACAAUGGAACAUCUACUUAGCUGUGGUGGUGCUGCUGUCAAUCACUGCUCUCUACACUGUAGCAGGCGGUCUGGCUGCCGUUAUCUACACCGAUGCGAUUCAAACUGUCAUUAUGCUGGCCGGAGCUCUCACCCUGAUGGUCUUCAGCUUUACGGAGGUCGGAGGCUGGGAGGCUCUGAUGGACGGAUAUCUAAACGCCAUCCCUUCGAUACGUGUGCCAAACUCAACCUGUGGCAUCCCUCGAGAUGACUCCUUCCACAUAUUCAGAGACCCUGUGAACUCUGACCUGCCUUGGCCCGGGGUCAUCAUCGGCAUGUCCAUCCCCUCCAUGUGGUACUGGUGUUCUGACCAGGUCAUCGUGCAGCGCUCCUUGGCUGCUAAGACCCUGACCCACGCCAAAGGGGGCUCUCUCCUGGCUGCUUACCUAAAGUUUCUGCCUUUCUUUGUCAUCAUGCUGCCUGGCAUGAUCAGCAGGAUACUUUACACAGAUGACGUGGCGUGUGCAGACCCUGAGCAGUGUAAUCGGAUUUGUGGCAACCCAGUGGGUUGUUCAGACACCGCUUACGCCAAACUGGUCAUGGAACUGCUGCCUUCAGGGCUUCGAGGGUUGAUGAUGGCGGUGAUGAUUGCUGCCCUAAUGUCCUCUCUGACCUCCAUCUUCAACAGCGCCAGUACCAUCUUCACCCUGGAUCUAUGGAAGACGUUCCGAUCCCGGGCAUCCGAGUGGGAACUUAUGAUUGUGGGCAGGGUGUUUGUUCUCGUGCUCGUGGUCGUGUCGGUGGUGUGGAUUCCUGUGGUCCAGGCCAGUCAGGGGGGGCAGCUUUUUAUCUACAUCCAGUCCAUCAGCACCUACCUGCAGCCCCCAGUGUCCAUCAUCUUCCUCACAGGCUGCUUCUGGAAGAGGACUAAUGAGAAGGGGGCUUUCUGGGGCCUGACUGUCGGCCUGUUGGUGGGCUGCACCCGCAUGGCGUUGGACUUCAUUUAUCCUGCGCCCCUGUGCUCUGAGGAGGAUGACAGGCCCGGGUUGUUGAAACACAUCCAUUACCUGUACUUCUCCACGUUGCUGUCCUUCAUCACUCUGGUUGUGGUGGUGGUAGUCAGCCUGGCUACAGAGAAGCCCAAACCAGAGCAGAUUAGCCGCCUCACCUGGUUCACGAGGUUCGACCCAGUGGAGUCCAGGGAGCAGGUCUUCUCGGUGGAGCGCAGCAAUAGGAGCUUCGAGGAAACCACUAGUCAGAUACAUGCGAUGGAUGUCCCAGGAAGAGAGCAGGAGGGCAACAGGAAAGACUCAUCAUCCGCAUCCAGCGUCCAGAGCCAGUCCAGGCUGAUGUCUGCCCUCUACUGGAUAUGUGGCAUGGAGAGAGGGAAGGAGGGAGUUGGUGAUCCUGUGACGGGUCCUGCACCUGAACAGGCGAUCGGUUCUCUGGAGGAAAAGCCCCGACUAAGACUCAUAGUUAACGUCAACCUCCUCAUUUGCCUCUCUGCAACUGUCUUCCUCAUCGGCUACUGGGUUUGAGAGGCCGCUCAUGAGAUUCUCAAUGGACACUUACUUGUACGUGCGUGUGAUUUUAAA